GCAUUUUUGAAGAAGCAUGUCCGAGCCUUGGACCCCGACAUUUGGGCUCAAGCGUGCGGGUGUCAGCGCCCACAAGCGCCAGUCGACCGAGCUCCACACGCUUCGCAUGCGAUCGCACGACAUGUCCUUCGUAGACGUCGAUGCAAAAAGCGCAUCACCUGGUCGGAGGUACCUUCAGCAGCAAGCCCCCAAGCGGUCGCCCAAGCGCAGUCACCAGUCCCUUCCUGGCAGCAUCUUGGUGCCCAGCGACAGCUUGCAUCCGUCGCAGUCGGAGCCGCUGCAUCUCGCGUACAGUGCUAGCAUUGUCCUGGGACCGACGACACUGCGGCCAUCGAGCUCGGCAGCGCUUAUGACGCCGUCGAUUGCCUCAUCGUCGGCAACGCUGCAGCUCGGCCGCCCGAAACCCCAACGCGUCCUCUCGCGUAAGACACUCGAACCCCCCGAGUUGCACACGCCACCGUCCACGGUCGCGAUCGAAACCAAGCGCCACUUGGCGUUUGGCGGCGGCUUCCUCGUCGACAACCAAGUGGCACCAAGCACGAGUCCGACCAAGCAACGACCCCAGUCAACCGUGCGCAUGUACUUUAUCAGCCCGCCGCAGGACGACCUGUGAUCGAAUGCAGCACCGUGUACACUCCCGCCAAAAUUGCUAUAUACAGUUUGGCAAGUCUUUCAAAAUACCCUAGUCGCUGUCGUCAAUGACGAUUAUGUCG